CCUCUCCCAACCCGCACCUCGUCGCCUUUCGGCCGGUUAUUCCGUAGUUUCCGGAGCAGCAACCUCGCCCCUUUACGUUAUCAGAGCUCAGACUCCUAGAUCUAUCACUAUCGUCCUCGCCAUUGAUUGUAAACAACCACCACAUUCCCUUGAUCCCAGCUCGUUCCCGACACCUGAAUCAGUGGUGAAUCACGCCAACACGUAACACGGUGCCAUCCUACACGGCCAGACACGGAUCACAUGACCUGGACAUAUUGGUCUUGCUAGUAUAAGUCUUGAAAUCGAUCGUCAGGCACAGCCAACUUUGGCCCCCUUCGACGAGCACGCAUCAAUCGACACAUUCGCCCCUCGAGCUCAUCAAGAUGACCGCAAGGAGACCGGACAAGGAGAGGAAACUCGUCACAGUCGGUGACGGGGGAUGUGGUAAAACAUGCCUGCUCACCGUAUAUUCGGAGGGACGUUUCCCCAGCGAUUAUGUACCCACCGUGUUCGAGACCUCUAUCAAGGUGGUGCCGAAUCCAUUCGAACCGUCAAAGUCGAUCAGCUUUACGUUGUGGGACACGGCUGGCCAGGAAGAUUUUGAUCGGCUCCGUCCGCUCAGCUAUCAUGACACGAACGUCGUUAUCAUCGUCUUUGCGAUCAAUCACCGUGUGAGCCUGGCCAAUGUGCAAGACAAGUGGUUCCCUGAAAUUAGCCAUUUCAUGGACAACGUCCCCAUUUUGUUGAUCGGCACCAAAUCUGAUCUCCGCUCGGAUGACCGAGAAAUCCAGCUCAUGGGUUCGCAAGGCCAGCAUCCCAUCGAACCGGCAGAGGGAGAACAGGUCGCGAGGGAGAUUGGAGCAAGACGCUAUCUCGAGUGUUCUGCCAAAUUGGGACGCGGAGUGGAAGAUGUUUUCGACGUUGCACUUCGAGAGGCGCUCGGAAAGGGAGUCCUCAAGGAGGCAUGGAAAACGGCAGGGACCGGCCAGACGGCCCGCAAGCGGAAAUGUGUCCUUUUGUGACUGGCCACUGCUCACAAACGGUUUUCCGAACUCAUGCUAUAACGACACCUUUACGAGAUGUAAUUCACGAUACCCGAUUGCUUGAUAGAAACGUUCAGGAUCCAUAUGCAACCUUUGAUAUCCGAGC